GGGAGGAGGAGGAGGAAGAAGAGGCGUCUCCCCCGCAGCCCCGUGGUCCGAUGGAGUGAGGGGAGCCGACCUGAGUGCAUGGCGAAUGCACUUCCAGACCGGUCACUAUGGUGCGGGAACGAAAAUGCAUAUUGUGCCACAUCGCCUACGGCUCCAAAAAGGAGAUGGAUGAACACAUGAGGAGCAUGCUGCACCAUAGAGAGCUCGAGAACCUGAAGGGGAGGGACAGUAACCAUGAGUGCCGGGUGUGCCGGGUCACGGUGGUCGGCCUGUCGGCCUACGCCAAGCACAUUUCCGGCCAACUGCACAAGGACGGCGUGGACGCCCUGGAACGGGAAGAAGAGGAACGCAAAGAGGAAGAUGAGGACGACGGGGAGGAGGAGGAAGAGUACUUUGACAAGGAGCUCGUUCAGCUAAUAAAGCAACGGAAGGCGCAGAGCCGGCAAGAAGCAGCUUCCUCAGCCGGCCCGGAGCCGAACCCGGAUGACAGCAGACGGUCCCAGUGGCGCAGAGAAGAGCGAGCUUCGUACCAGGACCGAGAAGACUACGACCAGCCGGCCUGGCAGCACCGGGGCCCCGCCCCGUGGGAGCGGAAGUGGGAGGACGGCUUCGGGGGGUCCUGGAAAGCCGGCUUUCCCCACUCGCUGAGGAGCGGGAAUGGGCCGAGGGGCCGCCCCGGGCCACCGUGGCACAAGGGUCCCGGAGGGCCCCCGAGUUGGUUCCACGGGCACGGGGGCUCCGGCGGGGCCUGGCACCCGCCCGGGGGCUCGUUGGAUUGGGCCCGAGGUGGGCCGGGAAGGAACUCCGCCUGGCACAACGAAGGAGCGGGCGGCUUUCCCAGUUGGCAUCUGAACGGCCCCAGCGGGAACUGGAAAGCCGGCCCCCGGAGCGGAAAGAGUUGGAAUUACCGCGGCGGUCCGGGAGACAAGUUUCAGUCGGGGAGAAACAGGAGCUCUAACUGUCCAGUGGAAGACGGGAGCCCCGCGUGGAACAAGAAGUUAAACAAAUCAAGCAAGUACUCCUCGGAGAGGUACAGCUGGCAACGGCAAGACGACGACGGCCCCUACAGAGGCCCCAGUUUCCCCGGCGACAGGCAUCCCGCCGAGGGGCCGCCCGAUUUCGACGGCGCCAAACCCCCGGAGAGCCAGACCCCGACGCCGGCGGAGGGCCCGGCUUCCCGGGGCAGCGGGAGGGGCGGCGGAGGGGGCCGGGAGAGGCCGCGCCGCUGGAGCCCGUACCCGUCCCAGAAAACCCUGGAGCCCGCUGCCAGCCUGAAGGAGCUGGCGGCCAAGAAACCAGAGCAGAGCGACCCCCACUCCUUCCUGUCCUGCCCCAUCCCCACCAGAAUCCUGAAAGAUCCCAAAGCCGACGUCCCCCAGAGCAGCCCAGAGCCCACCCCGCCCGGGCCCCCGGGCCAGAAGGCCGCGUCCGGCGGUCCCGGCCCCCGGGCCGGAGGGCGGCCCGAAGCAGAGAGGGUUCCGAGCACCAAGAUGCCAUCGAUCAAGUCCCCUCUCCUUCCGGGCCCGAAGCCGGGACCUCCGAAGCAAGAUCCCAAGACCCCGUCGGGCCCCAUACCGCCAUCCCCCCCGCCGGGAGAACCUCAGCGGCGCCCGAGCGAUCCCGGCGCCGGGGGCGGCCGGACUUCCUCCCACCACAUCUCCAAGCUGCGCGGCUCCUGCUCCCGGCCCCCGCGAGGACACAAGGAAGGGGCGGAGGGGGCCCGGCGGGAGCCCGGCGACAGCCUGAGCGAAGCGCUGCGGAGAGCCAAGGAGGUGCUGCGUUGCAGCUCACCGCUGCAGAACUCCCGGGCCCGGGCGCCGGCCAGCGGGAGCCCCCAGGAGAAGGAAGCGAGGGCGGCGGGGGGACGCCGGGACUCCUGGGCCGGGGGGCCGCGGGGCCACGGCCCGGAGGACAACAGCGACGGGGAGCCCUCCGACACCGAAAGAUCCGGCGCGGGUGCCCCCCGCGGGCCCGACGGCAGCGCCGCCUCCGAGGGGGACUGUCGGCUGUCCGGGAGGCAGUCCGGGGCCUCCGCUCCGGCCCGGAAAGAGGCCGGAUUCCCCGGGGAGCCCGCACCGGGCCCCAAGGGCCCCGUGGCCGGCGGAGGGGAGGACGAUCCGGCCAAGCCGACCGGGGCCUUGGAGCCGGAGGCCUCGGAGGAGGGCGGCCUGGAAGCCGAGCUCCAGAAGGCCGGGGCCGGCCAGGCUCCGGGCCCGCUCCUGCCGGAGCUGAGCAGGCUGGGCUUCCCGGCCUCCCUGCAGCGGGACCUGACGCGGCACAUCAGCUCCAAGAGCAAAGCCGGCGCCCACCUCCCCGAGCCGAACCUCAACAGCGCCCGGCGCAUCCGCAACGUGAGCGGCCACCGGCGCGGCGAGGCGGAGAAGGAGUCGGGCCUCAAGCCCACGCUGCGCCAGAUCCUCAGCGCCUCCCGGCGCAACGUCAACUGGGAUCAGGUCAUCCAGCAGGUCUCCAAGAAGAAGCAGGAGCUGGGAAAGGGCCUUCCCAGAUUUGGCAUAGAGAUGGUCCCCCUGGUGCAGAAUGAACAGGAGGGGCUGGACAUGGACGAGGAGCCCGACCUGUCCAGCCUGGAGGGCUUCCAGUGGGAAGGGAUCUCCAUCCCGGCGGCCCCCAGCCCGGGCAGGAAGCGCAGCCUGUCGGAGAGCAGCGUCGUCGUGGACAGGGCCUCGCCCGUCUUCGGUUUCUUCGGCGAGCAGGCUUCCGGCAAGGAGAACGAGCCACGGCCGGCGGUCCCGGCCUCCCACUCGCUGCGGGCCCUCCAGGGCCAGAAGGCGAGCGGCGGCCCGUGGAUCGGCCUCAAGCAGGAGGCGGCCCCCCUGGCCGCCGAGAGGCCGGAUGGCGUGGCCGGCCGGAGGCGGCAGAGCGUCCAGCUGCCCCCCGGCCGGGCCACCCCCCCGGGGACCGGAGACGGGGACCGGGGCCGCCGGGAGGGGCCCGCCCAGGAGAGCAACGGGGAAGGAAACCGCCCGUCUUCCUCGUCCACCCUGGCCACCUCCAGCCUGGCGGACGCGGCCACCGACAGCAGCUGCACCUCCGGGGCCGAGCAGAACGACGUCCAGGGGCUCCGGAAGAAGCGGAGAGCCACGGGCGAUGGGUCUUCUCCUGAAAUUCCGAGCCCUGAGAGAAAGAACAAAAGAAGGAAAAUUAAAGGCAAGAAAGAGCGAUCGCAGGUAGACCAGUUGCUGAGCAUCUCCCUGCGCGAAGAGGAGCUGAGCAAGUCUCUGCAGUGCACGGACAGCAGCCUCCUGCAGGCCCGGGCCACCCUGCAGGCCGCCUACGUCGAAGUUCAGCGUCUGCUCGUCCUGAAGCAACAGAUAACGAUUGAGAUGAGCGCCCUGAGGACGCAUCGGAUCCAGAUUCUCCAGGGGUUGCAAGAAACCUACGAGCCUCCUGGCCAAGCGUCUCAGGGCCCCAGCCACGUCUCGGGCGAACGCAAGAACAGGUCUCAGGCGGCCGCGGGGCCCCCUUUCCCCGCUUUCCCGGACACCCCCUCUUCCCAGCUGGCCCCGUCGGGCCCGGGGACCCCCGCCCAGGACAACCCCCCGCCUGCGCCCCACACGCCCGCUCCAGACUCCUCAGUGCAGGUCAAGCAGGAGCCCGUAUCGCCCAAACAAGGAGAAGAGGACAGCAUCGCCAGGCCCCAAGACGCGGUCUCCGCCGCCUCCGAGGGAUUCCUGCCGGCCCACAGAGAGCUGGGCGACCACGCCGCCGUGUUCCCCAUCAUCACAGCCACGCUGUCCCUGGCCGAGCUGACCGAGAGCUUCCGGCAGGCCAGUCGGCAGCUCGGGCUGCCGGCGGGGCGGCCGGACCCGCCGCCGCCGCCCGCCCCGGCGAGCCCCGGGCAUCCCGACGGCAGAAACAAGGGCCGGCCACCUGCCGCCGGCCCCUCGGCCGGGGAGCCCUGCAGCAGCUCCCUGCCCGCCCCGGCCGGCGCCGCCCCACCGGGGAAGGAGCCCCGGCAGCCCGGCCCGGGGACCGAGACGGCCCCGGCCUGCGCCGAGGGCAGGGCGGGCAAGAAGAAGAAGAAGCUGAGGAAGAAGAAGACCCUACGGGCCACCCACGUGCCCGAGAACAGCGACACGGAGCAGGACGUGGCCACCGCCAAGCCCGCCAGGAAGCUCAAAGCCGGGAAGGGCUCCAAGGGGGGCAAGGUCACGACGUCCACUCUGCCGCGGCGGGGAAGCGGGCGGGCCGAUUCGCCGGGCGAGGGAGGGGACGGGGGCGGGCCCGCCAAGGACGACUCCGACAGCGACUCUUCCCUGGAGGUGCUGGAGAUCCACACCCCGCGGGGCGAGGUGGUGGCCAUCGACUCGUCCGACUCGGGAGACGGGAAGCCCGACAGCCCGUCAAAGAGGGACCCCUCGGCGGCCCCCGAGGUCCCCUUCCCGCAGGCCUGCGACGAGGUCAGCUCCACCAGCGAGAUCGGGGCGGUGGACAAGGACGCCGUCCGCAGGAGCGUGGCCGAGACUCAGACCUCCAUCUCCUCAAUCGGGGGAUCCAAGACCCCUUCAGCUUCCGAGUGUAAAUCAGAGGGCCCCCACUAUAGCACAGAAAUGUCCUCGGAGCCCGGAGAGGAUGAGGAGCCCACCGAGGGGAGCUUCGAGGGGCACCAGGCGGCAGUGAACGCCAUCCAGAUCUUCGGGAACCUCCUGUACACGUGUUCGGCCGAUAAGACCGUCCGGGCCUACAACUUGGUGAACAGGAAGUGCGUGGGCAUCUUCGAGGGGCACACCUCCAAAGUGAACUGCCUCCUGGUGGCACAGACCAACGGGAAGAACUGUGCCCUGUACACCGGUUCAAGUGACCACAGCAUUCACUGCUACAGCCUCAAGAGCCGUCUGUGCCUGGAAGAGCUGCAGUUGGAGGACCGAGUGCUCUGUCUCCACGGGCGCUGGCGGACCCUGUACGCCGGGCUGGCCAACGGCACCGUGGUCACGUUCAACUUGAAGAACAACAAGCGGCUGGACGUGUUCGAGUGCCACGGGCCCCGGGCGGUCAGCUGCCUGGCCACGGCGCAGGAGGGGGCACGCCGGCUGCUCGUGGUCGGCUCCUACGACUGCACCAUCAGCGUGCGAGACGCCCGCAACGGCCUCCUCCUGCGCACCCUGGAGGGGCACAGCAAGACCAUCCUCUGCAUGAAGGUGGUGAAUGACCUCGUGUUCAGCGGCUCCAGUGACCAGUCCGUCCACGCCCACAACAUCCACACCGGGGAGCUGGUCCGCAUUUACAAGGGCCACAACCACGCGGUGACCGUGGUCAACAUCCUCGGAAAGGUGAUGGUCACUGCCUGCCUGGACAAGUUGGUUCGCGUCUACGAGCUUCAGUCUCAUGACCGGCUGCAGGUGUACGGCGGACACAAAGAUAUGAUCAUGUGCAUGACCAUCCACAAGAGCAUGAUCUACACGGGCUGCUACGACGGGCGCAUCCAGGCCGUGCGGCUCAACCUGAUGCAGAAUUACCGCUGCUGGUGGCACGGCUGCUCCCUGAUCUUCGGCGUGGUGGACCACCUGAAGCAGCAUCUGCUCACGGACCACACCAACCCCAACUUCCAGACCCUGAAAUGCCGCUGGAAGAGCUGUGAUGCUUUCUUCGCAGCCCGGAAGGGGUCCAAACAGGAUGCCGCGGGCCACAUGGAACGCCACGCCGAGGACGACAGCAGGAUCGAUUCUUGAAGUUUUCGCCUCCCACGUUGGGAAGUCAUUUCCGAGGCCGCGGCCCGGCCCGGCCACUCUUCUUUUCCAUUCUCUUCUCCCCCGGGGAGGCCGCCCGGCCCCCAGAGUUAGAGAUCCCCCUCCGCCGCCCGGCCCGGCCCAGGGGUCAUCAAGGGUCUCUAAGGCCCGGGAGGGACAGGGCUGGCCGACGCUGCCGAGGCUUCUGUCACGGUACAGAAGCUUUGCGAGCCCCCACUCCCGGCUCCAGCCCUGCCAAAUUUUAUUUCAUUUGUUUUAGUUGUAAAUUAUUAAAGUGGGGAAAAUUACGAGCCGUGAGACCCGAGCCGGGCCGGCCCCGUAUUUCCACUUCCUGCAGGAAGCUGCCUGGCAUCUUCCGGCUGAACAGAA